GACAUCCUAACCCGUUUGAAUGGAAGUCCUUCCAACACAUCUGCUGUCAACUCCAAGAAGAGGAGGAGAGAUGCCGAGGAGGAGGAGCCUACACAGAACCGAGUGAGUGAAGAGUGGAAAAAGAAGAAGAAGAAGAAGCGACAGAACGAGGAGAGUCAGGAGGCCGAUUCCAACCAGGCUGCGGUUGAAGAGAGGAGCAAAGAAGACAAGAAGAAACAGAAGAAGAAAAAGGAGGAGAAGAAGCAGGUGGUGACCAAAACCACUGCCUCAUCCACAGGACCCUCUCCCACCUUGUCCACAGGACCCUCUCCCACCGUAGCCAAAGCGGACAAAAACACCAAGAAGGCUCCAGCUGCCACAGCAGUAUCUGUUAACGGUAAAGCCACAGCAAAGACCCAGAAUGGGGAAACAGACUCCUGUUCUGAUUCCAGUGGCAGCAGUAGUGAGGAGGAAGCCCCAAGUAAAAACCCCACACAGAAACGACCCCCCAAAUCACCCUCUGCUACCGCUACACACCCUGUCGCAUCUAAAGCCACCCCAAAAGUCACCCCUAUAGUCAAACCCCCAACCCCCAAUAGGAAACCACGCCCACCUCCCUCGUCAUCCGAUUCGGACUCAGACUCAUCGGAUGACGAUGCCUCUAGCAAAGCCACCACAGGCAAACCUCUGGUUAAAAACCAAACUCCUCUAUCCAAGCCUGCUGCCACUCCUCCUACUACCACAGGCUCCGACGCUGGUCCUAGGGACAAAACCACCCCCCCCGAGCCCAGACCCAGCCUCCCUUCCUCAGGUCCCACCAACUCUGUAUCCCCUGGCCAGAGAGCUAAAGCUCCAGGGCCAGGCUCAGCCCCAGCAGUACAGAAGGCCCACAGGAGGCCUGAGAGCUCAGACUCUAGUGGUGGUAGUAGUAGUAGUGAGGAGGAGAUUCAGCUGGUUAUCAAACGGCCAGGCCUGGGGAUGGGGACGGUCCCUGCUAUGGCAGCAGACCCCACCUGGAGAGGCCGAGGCAGGGGAAGCCCUAGGGGUGCGGAGAGGGGUGGGGGUAGAGGGGAUAGGGGUUGGGGUAGAGGGGAUCGAGGCCAGGGUUGGGGUGGUGCUGGAGGUGGAGGCAGGGGGGGUAGAGGUGGGGAGUGGGACAGGGGUCCUCCUGGUGGGGGUAGAGGAGGGAGAGGGGAAGAUAGAGGGGCAGGAGGAGAUCAUGCAGGGUUUUAUUUCAACUAUGAAGGUGGACAGCGACAGCAGAAUCAUCAUCAGCAGCUACCAUCGUACCAGAACGACUCCCUGAUUAACAACACUGUGGUGCUACCUUCAUACCAGAACGACUCCCUGAUUAACAACUCUGUGGUGUUCCAGGUAAGUCAACUGAUUACUAGACGGUAUUCCAGGGUUGGUCAAUUCAAGUAAUUUAGAUAGCAUUUUUUUCCUAAUUGAAAAGCACAUAACUGGAAUUGGAAUUUCUGUUUACUUCUUGAAUUGACUAAAUUGAAAUGGACUUGACCCCAACCCUGUGGCAUUCUGUAACCUACUUCUGUUGCUGCUGGAAUGAAGAUGUGGGAGGUAUAAUAUUUAUAGGUGUGUGUGUGUGUGUUGUAGAACCCAUCAGAGAGUGUCACCAGGAGGGACUACAGUGAGAUGCCCCUCCUAGCUGCUCCCCCUCAGGUGGGACAGAAGAUCGCCUUCAAGGUAACAUACCACUUAUAGACCAGCCUUCAAGGUAACAUACCACUUAUAGACCAGCCUUCAAGGUAACAUACCACUUAUAGACCAGCCUUCAAGGUAACAUACCACUUAUAGACAUUCAAGGUAACUCACCACUCAGACCGACCUUCAAGGUAACUCACCACUUAUAGACCUUCAAGGUAACUCACCACUCAGACCGACCUUCAAGGUAACUCACCACUCAGACCGACCUUCAAGGUAACUCACCACUCAGACCGACCUUCAAGGUAACUCACCACUCAGACCGACCUUCAAGGUAACUCACCACUCAGACCGACCUUCAAGGUAACUCACCACUCAGACCGACCGUGCUGCUGGUGGAUAUGGAACAGUUCCAUACUCACCACACAGCUCAGUCUGAUAAAGUCGGUUCAAAUGGAAGCAAUGCAUUCACUCAUUUCAUGUCUUUAUUUAGCCAGGGUGGUCCACUCAGUAACACUUGCCGCUGUUUCCCAGUGGUUGAAAUGGAAGCAACCGUAUGUACUAGUAGAAAAAAUAGCAUAGUUAGGGUAUAGAGUCACUCCAUUCAGACGCUGGAGUUUUUCCUGCUUGGGUCAUGUGGUCAAGAAAAACUCCUAGCGGUACUAAUUCAGUAGACUCAAUGGACGAGGUGGGAAACAGUUAAAGACGCUGGUAAUGUAAGUCCCUCCAUUUUCCAUGCUAAUAAAGCCUCUUUAAUUAAAAUAGAAGAACAGUGAGAGAUUACUGUACAGCUGCGUUGCUAAGGUGCUGCACGCCUCCAUGUAACUCAUUAUCACUCCAGUGUGUGUGUGUGUUCACAGCUGCUGGAGCUGACAGAGAACUACACACCAGAGGUGUCUGAGUAUAAAGUGAGUAAAAAUAGCAGAAAGACUACUCCUUUUCUCUCUUCAGUGUCUGGUGUAACUGGUUCUUUUCUACCAGUAUGUGGACAGCGCUUUUUUCUCAAGUUAUGUCCUGAACUAGGACUAAAUACAUGUGGUAAGAAAUGUUUAUAUGCUACAGUAAAAAUAUAUAUAAUCUGUUUCAUUUGGGUAAUGUCUUUUCUCACUAUUUGUCUUUCAGGAGGGGAAGAUCAUUCAUUUUGACCACAGCACAAAACAGAUUGAGCUAGAGCUGCUCUCUGCUUAUCAAGGUAAGGCCAAACAGAUGGCUGUUCUCUGCUUAUCAAGGUAAGGCCAAACAGAUGGCUGUUCUCUGCUUAUCAAGGUAAGGCCAAACAGAUGGCUGUUCUCUGCUUAUCAAGGUAAGGCCAAACAGAUGGCUGUUGUCUGCUUAUCAAGGUAAGGCCAAACAGAUGGCUGUUCUCUGCUUAUCAAGGUAAGGCCAAACAGAUGGCUGUUGUCUGCUUAUCAAGGUAAGGCCAAACUGAUGGCUGCUCUCUGCUUAUCAAGGUGGUCUCCUGAGUGGCGCAGUGGUCUAAGGCACUGCAUCGCAGUGCUGACUGUGCCACUAGAGAUCCUGUUUCGAAUCCAGGCUCUGUCGCAGCCGGCCGCGACCGGGAGACUCAUGGGCGGCGCACAAUUGGCCCAGCGUCGUCCAGGGUAGGGGAGGGAAUGGCCGGCAGGGAUGUAGCUCAGUUGAUAGAGCAUGGCGUUUGCAACGCCAGGGUUGUGGGUUCGAUUCCCACGGGGGGCCAGUAUAAAAAAAGAUAUAUGUAUUCACUAACUGUAAGUCGCUCUGGAUAAGAGCGUCUGCUAAAUGGUUCCAUUGUUGAAUCCAUGGCAAGUCUACCAGUGCUCACUUUGGGAGAAAGGUGGAGAAUGGUGAUUCAGCCCAUGUUUCCCCCCAGCCAUCUGAAGACACCUGGCACUACCGGUCAGUGAUGGACCUUACUAAGAUGGACCACCCUAACAUGUCUGUCUGUCCCACAGCUCCGGUGGAGCCGGGGAGGUUUGACCUGGUGUAUCAGAACGCUGACGGAUCAGAGAGUGUGGAAUACGCUGUGUCCCGUGGCUCC